AACAAAACUCUUCUAAACAUAAAUUUUAUAUUACAUCAGGUUUAUUCUUCUCAAAUCUUCCAUUCUCCUUCUCAAACACUAAAACCCUAACCUUCUCCGAAACAAAGUCUUCCCAAAUAUUCCCUUAAUCGAAAUCCCAAAUCUUCCCUUAAAAGGAAAACCCUGAAGCAAAAACUUCCCUUGAAUUCUCAACGGCAUGGCAAAGAAGGAGAAGUCGAAAGCCAAUCAACAGGGUACGAACAAGCGAAAAUCUCGAGGGUGCUUCCCCGCCAUCACUCAUGUAAAAUUCCGAAGAAGAAAAGUUCCUCGCUUUCUGCUUCACAGCCAAGAUGAACGGAGGUGCAUCUGGUUUCACAAAUGCUCCUGUUACAAGGGCUUUCAUCAUCGCUUCAGCGCUUUUCUCAAUCUUCUUUGGGAUCCAAGGUCGUUUCAACACUUUGGGCUUGUCGUAUCAGAUUCGGAGGAUCAAGCCGCAAAAAUUUCUGCAGAAGAGCAAAUGCAGAUGACGAACAUCCACACUUUGGAAAGCGACAUCAAUUCAGUGAAAUCUGAAAUUGCGCAAGUGGUUGGAGAUACGGAGAAGAUGAAUAAGUCUAAGGUUGAGAUAUGCUCGACGAUACUGGAAAACCAGAAAAAGCUUGCUGCCUUGGAGUCUGAUUCAUCCAGACUUACGCAGGUUUAAUUCUAUCAGCUUCAAAGGGAAAAAAAGGAUGGAUAGUAGGAAAAACCUGCAAUUCUGCUAUACACUUCUGAUGCUGGAGAAAGUUGGGAAAGGAUACCACUUAGUGCCGAGCUUUUGGGUGAUAUGGUAUACGCGCAUCAAACUUGCUUUCAGAUUCAUAAAUCUAAACAUAAAUCACGUAUAUUGGUCUGAUAUAGAUAUUGGAAGAGUUUUUGU